CCCGCCAGAUUGUUGGGCCCUAUGAAAAAGGUUGUGAUCGUUUUGGGGUGUGAACCUGGCCCUAGAUGGGUAUUGUCGAAUGAGGGCAGUGCCGACCCGUGGGUUGACGAAGGGCUGAAUCAAACAUUUCGACUCGCCCCGAUUUCUGGAAAGAGUGUCAUCCCGGCGGUUGUGAGGUUGAGUCAUGCCCGUGCUCCCCCUAAGGGAAACGUCAUUCAUCGCUUAGCCCAUCCGACGUGCGCCUGACGGGUUCAUCAUGUCCAAGGACAAAUCCAAGACCAAAGUCAUGGUGGACAAGUUCAUGGGCGGGAUUGGAGGAGGUGGGAAAGGUCGCAAAGGAGGCCACCAUCCGCCUGGGGGUGGCCCUUUGUCAAGACCUUCGUCUGUGGGAGACUUUAAUGAAGUGGAAGAGGAUACGUGGAAUUCCAUAUCCCAAAUGGAUGAUCAAGAGGUCUUACAAGAAUUCGAGAAGAUGCUCGAAAACAUGAACCUCAACGAGGAAAAGAAACAGCCCCUUAGAGACUUGGAUAUCGCCAAGAAACGUAGCAUGUUGUCGAUGAACAAUCGGAACAUUGCCCGCACACAAUUCCAUUCACCCGCAGAUUAUAUUCAGUUCUUAUCCGGUUCUGACCUAAGUUUCCAGAAGAAGUUUAGCUGUGUGGAGUCCCUUCGAGUGGCCUUAACGAACAAUUCCUUAGAAUGGGUCAAGGAGUUUGGAACGAAAGGCUUAAAACAAGUGCUGUCAUUGCUCAACGAAUGCUUCAGAGGGGAAGGCCGGUCCGAGAAAUUACAACUAGAAUGUAUUCGAUGUCUGAAGGCCUUCAUGAACAACACCUUUGGUAUCAAAUGUGUCUUCGAGCAACGGGAAGCGCUCAGCCUGUUGGCACGUUCUCUAACCCCCAAUCUUAGUAAUGUCAUGCUCGAGUCGGUCAAGUUGCUUGCCGCCACCUGUUUAUUGGCCCCUUAUGGCCACGAAAAGGCCUUGGAGGCCAUCACCAUCGCCGGAGAAAUGAAGGGUGGCGAGCGGUUUGGCCCCAUCGUUCAAGGUCUUCUUAUUAAGAACAAUGAACAGUUGAGAACGAAUUGCAUCACUCUAAUCAACUCCAUCGUGUCCAAUCCCGAGGAUCUGGAUUUCCGACUCCACCUACGAAAUGAGUUCAUGCGGGUGGGCCUUAUGGACGUUUUGGAGUCUCUUGAGAGUGAGGAUGUGACGGAGGAACUACAGAUCCAAUUAAGUGUGUUCUCGUCAGAACGCGAAGCUGACUUUGAGGAGUUUGCAUCCCGGUUUGACAACAUUCGCCUUGAAAUUGACGAUGUCAAUGAAUGCUUUGAAUUGGUGAAGAACUUGGUUCUGGACACAGCGGGUGAACCCUAUCUACUGUCGAUACUGCAACAUUUUCUGUGUAUUCGCGACGAUGUUCUAAUUCGGCCAGCUUACUACAAGCUUAUUGAAGAAUGUGUAUCUCAAAUAGUGUUGCAUAAAAGUGGGUGUGAUCCGGACUUUCGAGCCACAAAGAGGUUCAAUAUCGAUGUGUCGCCCCUUAUUGAAAAUCUGGUGGAGAAAGGCCGCAUGGAAGAAGGUGGAGGAAACAUUGACAGUAUGAAGAAAGAACUAGAGAGAGCCCUUACCGAAAAACAAGAAGCAGAUGCCAAACUCUCCCAAGCUCAAGCUCAAAUUGCACAACUCGAAGAGGCCGUUCGAUCGGGAGGUGGUUCACCAUCCAAGCUACCUGUGGUGCCCGGUCUUGUUCCAAGAGCACCGUCAGCUAGCGGAGGUCCCCCGCCGCCUCCACCCCCAGGAGGAAUGGCUGGCCCACCUCCACCUCCUCCACCGCCACCCCCUGGCCCGGGCGGAGGUCCUCCACCUCCUCCGCCUCCGCCUCCUCCAGGCUCCGGGGGAGGGCCACCCCCUCCACCUCCUCCACCAGGUAUGGGUGGUGGUCCACCUCCUCCACCUCCACCGGGUAUGGGAGGACCACCUCCGCCCCCUGGCAUGCUUCGCCUAGCGGGUCCAAAUCAGGAAGAGAUCCUCCAGAAAUUGGGCAUGAAGCGCAAGAAGAAAUGGCACGUGGAAAACCAGACCAAACGCACCAAUUGGAAGGCCAUCCCAGCCACCCAGCUUACUGAAAACGCCUUCUGGACCAAAGUGGACGAGGAGAAACUAGCCUCAGAGUCCCUGAUUGAAAAUCUCAUGAACAAGUUCAGUACCAAACCGGUGCCCAAGCAACUGGAAAUGAACAUGGAGUCAAAUGGCACGGGAACGGGCAAGAAGAAAACCAAGGAGCUGAAGGUGCUUGAUCACAAGGCUGCGCAAAAUCUCUCGAUUCUUUUGGGCGGUGCUCUGAAGCACAUCUCUCACGACGAUCUCAAGACGUGUAUCCUGCAUUGUGAUACCGAUGUCCUGACGGAAAACCUCCUCCAAUCGUUGAUUCAAUACAUUCCCGCCCCCGAUCAGCUAAAUCGUCUCAAGGAGUUUGAAAAAGAUUACGAUAAUCUCUCUGAGGCCGAGCAAUUUGCCAUAAGCAUUUCCGGCAUCAAACGACUAGUUCCUCGGCUCAAAUCUCUCAUGUUUCAACAACGCUAUCCGGAACUCGUCCAAGACUGCAAACCGUUUAUUGUGGCGGCUACAGCGGCCUGUGACGAGGUCCAAAAGAGCAGAAAGUUCUCUCAACUUCUUCAAAUCAUCCUUCUCAUUGGAAAUAUCAUGAAUACGGGAUCAAAGAACGCCCAAUCCUUGGGUUUUGACAUUAGUUAUUUGCCGAAGCUCUCGAACACGAAAGAUCGUGAAAACAAGGCUACAUUGUUGCAUUUCCUGGUGGAAUAUGUGGAACGUGAUUACCCGGAAUUAUUGAGCUUUGGUGACGAGCUUUUCCAUUUAGAUAGCGCCUCUCGCGUUUCUGUGGAAUCGAUUCAAAAGAUUCUCAAGCAAAUGGACGCGUCCAUCAAAAACAUGGAGACAGACCUCAAGAAUGCCCAAAGAUCUCCAUCUGAUAAGGACGACAAGUUUGUCGAAAGAACUUCCGAAUUCAGUCAAGCUGCUCGCGCUCAAUGUGAUACCCUAUUGGCAAUGUCCAAGAAAAUGGAAGAGCUCUACACCUCUUUGAGCGAAUACUUCGUCUUCGAUAAGCAAAAAUACACCCUGGAAGAGUUCAUGAGUGACAUUAAAGAGUUCAAAGAUCAAUUCUACAAAGCUUACGACAACAUCAAGAAAGAACGCGAGGCGGUCGAGAAACAACAGCGGGCCCGUGAAGCCCGUGAAAAGCAAGACCGAGAGCGGGCGGAGCGGGCGGCCACACGGAAGCAUCUAGUGAAUUUCAACGGGCCAGAAGACCAAGAGGGAGUCAUGGAUAGUCUAAUGGAGGCCUUGAAGACUGGGUCUGCCUUUAAUCGCGAUCAAAAGCGGAAACGCGCACCUCGCGCUCAUGGAGCGGAGCGGCGUGCUCAACUGAACCGGAGUCGCUCCAGAGGUCCAAAUCAAGGAAGUUCACCUACGGUAGCCAAAGAAAUUGUCGAUAUCCUGUCGGAUAACAUGGAGAACGAUCCUUCGGGAGGGCGCCCCAUGCGAAGAGAACGCCGAGCUCAUCCGUCCACGACGCUUAACUUUGCGGGUGGUGCCCGUGAACGGGAAUUCACACCCUCUUUCCCCAAUUCCAGUCAACGGUCGGAAUCCGGAGGUGGGUCAGAAGCCACCAACGGAGAUAGCGCGGAUGUGUUGUUAAGGAAACUUCGUCAAUUGUGAUUAAUCACGGACAUCACAUCCAACCCCCCCCCCAU